AUGGGUGUCAGUGCGCGACCUCUCGGGUGGCUGCUCACGGUGGUGGUGGUGGUGCUCGGUAGUGCUGGGGUGGCCCAAGCCACCCAACCGGCACUCUUUCUUACGGUGAAAAGUUCCAACUUUGGCAACACGAAGCUGGACCACAUCGAGAGCGGGUACCUGAUAGUGACGGACAUCCUGAUCAGCCCGGACGGUGUGCCGCUCCCGUUUUUCAAGGACAACUGUGUCUACAAGAAGCGAGUCGGUCUGAAGAUCAUCGUCUCGUUCGGUGGCUCGGUGGUGCCCUCGGAACUGUUCGUGUACCUCUCGAGCGACGAGAUGCGGCGGGCCGCCUUCGUCGAUAACCUAGUCGAGUUCACGCUGACGAACGGGUUCCACGGGAUCGAUCUUUCGUGGCUGUAUCCGGCGCCCCAGGAACGGGACCAGUACGUGCGGUUGCUGAGGGAUCUUCGGCUGGCGUGCGAUCGGAACGGGCUGCGACUGACGGUGACCGUGCCAAGCCGUCCGUCGGUGAUCGAGGUGAACUAUCCGGUCGAGAAGCUGGCAAAGUACGCCGACUACGUCAUUCUGAGCACGACGGAGUUUCGGAAGUUGCGAAAAACCUCGUUCAUCGCACCCCUCUACUCGUCCAGUCCCGGCUCGUCCAACAACAUUGACUACCAUGUGGACCGCUGGAAGAUGGCCGGUCUGUGCAGUAGCAAGAUUGUGAUCGUCAUCCAGACGAUGACGCUAACGUACAAGCUGUACAUCCAGAACGAGUACCGCGUCGGGACGCCGGCCCUGCAGCUGAAGAUCCGGCCGUACUACAAGAUCUGCCGGAAGCUGUACAGCGGGUCGCUCGAGAUCUGGGAUGCCAGCGCCAAGAGUCCGUACGCGUUCCGCGACCUGUCCUGGUACUCGUACGAGAACGAGAAGUCGAUCAAGGAGAAGGUGUGCUUCGUGGUGCAGCAGGGUCUCGGCGGGCUGGCCGUGUUCUACUACGACGAGGACGAUCCGAUCAACAUCUGCGGCGACGGGCAGUACCCGCUGACGGCGAUCGUACUGGCGGCACUGCAAACCGACUACCAGCCACCGGCCGUCAUCAGCGAGCCGCAGAUCUACCACUUCGAGUCACCCGCGUACGGCGGUUACAGCAACCCGGGUCCUUACAAUGGCCAGCCGUACGACAAGAAACCGAUGGUGAUCUACGUGGACGGAUCGGAGGACACCAAGAGGCCGCCACCCCAGACAGUGCCGGUGGCCAGCGACCCGAUGGCCGCGUUUACGGAGGUGCUUUACGAGCCGAUGGACAACAAGUUCAUCGCUUCGAUCGUACACGAUGGUUCCGAGUCGGACGAGUUUGGGGGUUCCAGCGAUGGCGACGCGCUCUUCUUCCAGCAACCAACGGCCAACGGGGCAUCAUCGUACCCGGUCGUCCAUGUUGAGCUUGGCGGUAGAGUCGAUGCGAAGUUGCAACCGGACGACGAGGACUCGUUUAACAUCCUGACCGGUAUGCAGAACGCACUGGCCCUGCAGCAGCAGCAGCAGCAGCAGCAGUCCGGGUUCGCAGCUACGGCCCAGCUCUACUCCGAGAGUGGCUGCUCGGGGGGAGCGAUGAGCCCCCCGCAGCUGUUCUCGGAGCAGGGCUCCCCCGUCCAACCGGUGCUGUACCGGGAACCACGCAAGAAGUGCUGCGCCGUUCUGCCACCGUCUGUCACGGGACACUUCGCUCCACCGGCGCCGGAAGGGAUCCGGUUCAUUGCCACCGCCCAGGUCCAGACACCAGCGACUACGACUACCGCUGCGACGACCACGACCACGAUGGCGCCAAAAUUUGCAAUCCCAUUCUUCGCCAACAGCGCCGUGACGUUCCGGCCACCUUCUGCCUACUGUCCUCAUCCGCUCCGAUUUGCGCUGAAUGGCGUCGUGUCCUCGGCACCUCCAGUCACCAGCACAGCGGUACCUCCGACCCUGCCACCGUCCCAUUGCCCGAUGGCCAAACUCUAUUCGGAAUAUUCACCGCCGCCCCAACCUCAACCGCCGCCACCGAUGCCAGGGAUCCAGUUCCACGCGCUGGCCGUCGCGGGUCCCCCAGCCGUGGCGUUCGCCCCGUACACGGUGAGCAUCUGCCCGGCGGACGGGAUUGUGCAGGAUCCGCACGAUCGACGAUCGUACUACCUCUGCAAGCGUGGCCUGCCAAUGUGUGACGAGAACAAGUUCAACUGCGCCCACGGAUACUACUUUGAUGUCGCCAGCCAAAAGUGUCAACGGGAGGGUGGCGCGUAG